CGAGAGAAAUCCAGGCAGGCGCAGACACCUUCAUACACUGAGCAGCGGUUUGCGGCGCAGUUUGUUUGGCGACUGGGACCCGAUCUUUUAAAACCAUGCUGGAUUGACUGCGGAGAGGCAACUACAAUCAAUGGCUUGGCUUUGAAAUCGUUUAAAAUUUAUUGGAAAGGAGUGUGAGAUAGAGCGACAGAGGGAGAGGGAGAGAGAGGGAGAGAAGCGAGGGAGAGCGAGAGAGUGGCGUGAGGGGUGGAAAUAAAGAUCCUUUCAACGAUGGAGCUUACAAUGGAAAACAUCGGAAAUCUGCACGGUGUAUCACACUCUCAUCAAACGAGCGACUUAAUGAACUCCCCACACGCGCGCCAGUCGUCGGCGUCGCAUCGGAACUUGGUGUCGCACGGACGGUCAGCCAUGGUGUCCAGCAUGGCCUCGAUACUAGAGGGAGCAGGGGACUAUCGUUCAGACCACGCUUUGUCUGCCCCCCUGCAUCCGGCAAUGACCAUGUCGUGCGACUCCGGGAUGAGCCUGAGCAGCACCUAUACCACGCUGACGCCGCUACAGCACCUGCCCCCCAUAUCCACCGUCUCGGAGAAAUUUCACCAUCCACACCCACAUGCUCACCAUCAUCCAGCACACCAGAGACUUGCAGCUGGGAACGUCAGCGGCAGCUUUACCCUGAUGAGAGACGACCGAAGCCUCGCGUCUAUGAGUAACCUCUAUGGCCACUACCCCAAAGACAUGUCCGGCAUGGGGCAGCCCCUGUCCCCUCUGUCCAAUGGUCUCGGGUCUUUGCACAGCUCCCAGCAGACUCUAAGCGCCUACGGUCCUGGAGCUCACCUCUCCAAUGACAAAAUGCUCUCCUCGGGGGGGUUUGAGUCUCACGCAGCCAUGCUGUCCAGGGGUGAAGAUCAUUUGGCCCGCGGUCUUGGGGGUCACGGGGGCGGGCUAAUGACAUCCUUGAACGGCAUACACCAUCACAGCCAUCCGCACUCUCAGGCAAACGGAUCCAUGCUUUCAGACCGAGACAGACAGACGGUGGUGGGAGGCGGGCAAGGAGCUGGGUCAGGACAGGUGGAGGAGAUAAACACCAAGGAGGUGGCACAGCGAAUAACAGCAGAGCUCAAGCGCUACAGCAUCCCCCAGGCCAUCUUUGCUCAGAGGAUCUUGUGUCGGUCCCAGGGAACUCUGUCUGACCUGCUGCGGAAUCCUAAACCGUGGAGUAAACUCAAGUCUGGCCGGGAGACGUUCAGGAGGAUGUGGAAGUGGCUCCAGGAGCCCGAGUUCCAGCGGAUGUCAGCGCUCAGGCUUGCAGCCUGCAAGCGCAAAGAACAGGAGCAACACAAGGACCGCAACACGGCGCCCAAGAAACAGCGUCUAGUCUUCACUGACCUGCAGCGCCGCACACUCAUUGCCAUCUUCAAGGAGAAUAAGCGUCCAUCCAAGGAAAUGCAGAUCACCAUCUCCCAGCAGCUCGGCUUGGAGCUCAGCACCGUCAGCAACUUCUUCAUGAAUGCGCGCCGCCGCUGUGUGGACCGCUGGCAUGAUGAUCAUGGUACCAGCCCUGGGCAGCCAGGCACCUCUGCCACUACCUUCUCCAAAGCCUGAGAGGAGGAGAGGGCCUUCAGAGGGCUGGGGAACCAGGUUGGAACAACAGGCGACACGGGAAAUUGGCGGUAAUGCCUGUGUAUAACACCCCUACCUGGCCUGGACCAUCUGAAGGUGUCCUCUACACGAUGAAAAAAAUCCUUUGUGCCAUGCAAUCAUCUUUUAUGUCAGUUAAAAUUUCAAGCUCUCACCUGAAACAAGCAUAAUCUUAAAGGUGAAGUGUGAAGUCAGGUCCACUCUGCAUUACUUACACACAAGGACAAUCAUUGAGUUUUUUUUUUUUUUGUUUGAGAGAAAAUAAUUUUUAUGGCAUCUGAUAGAGCAAAGCGACACCAAAGAUUUGACGUUUUUGUUGGACGGUAUUUACAUUAUGCCGGCCUCCUCCUUCACCACCCAAGUAGCCACUGAUUCUGCUUUUUCCUCUCAGCUCACCUCCUUUGUGUCUGCCUCCUUACUGCCCCCCCCCCCCCCGUACGCCGGCACACGGAAGCAACAAGGGCAAGAGAACGGCAAUAACUCUGAAAACAGAACAGCACAUAGCCUUAUUAUCAGAGCCCCAUCCUGCACACACACAAGGCCGUCAUAAAGAAAACAACGCAGCCUAUGAAAAAAACAACAAGGCUUUCCAGUUCUCCGCCUCUACCUCCCCCCUCCUCCUGCAGUCUCCUUCAUUCCUCGGCCAAAGGUAUUCCCUGAUGGCCAGCCAUUUCAGAGAGCAGCUCGGCCUGAUCAUACGGCAAACUAAUGAAUUGAAAAAUGAAUCGAUGCAGACAGAGAGAGCGAGGCCUUGACCCCUCCUGAAGGUGAAACUCAAGACACUCGGCAGUAGAUACUCAGGUCUUCCAGGCCCAGGUCUCAUAUAUUUUUUGCACAGAUGUUGGGAGGCCUGUAGGGAGACAUGUCAUUGUUACUCUUAGCCUGAGCCCAGAGUCUGUGUUUCUCUGACCAACAGGAGAGGCGGGUGAGAUGUCUGGACAUGCUCUUUGUUCUGCAGGGAGCUUUUCCUCUAAUCAAUAACUGAGACCCGAACGAUGACAACAACACGCUCGGGCAUCCAGCCAACUACAUUACAGCUGCAUACGAAAAGCAGAAUGUAAGAGGAGCACAUGAGACCCAGUGGAGAUGGGGACACAAAGGCCUCACUACAGCAGCAGCAGCACACCUCACCAACCUCGGUCUUGCCUGCGCUGACAGAGCAACAGUGCCCCCUGCUGUUGAAAGCAGAGACCUGCAUCCAGCAGAGCAAGGGGGGGUUCAGAGUGGAAGAGAGGGAGGGAAGAGCCACUAGAUGCUGAGGAGAAGUCAUGGCACAACACAUUCAGGCCCUCGCAGCUCUUUGAAGGCAGAUCAAUAGCUAGCCAUUAUCCUAUUGUUGUUCCUCAUCCAACCAGCACUGGUGAAGCCGGAGGAGGGGGAUGGUUAACCUGAAUGCUGAAAAUGCAGGGAUUUUGC